UUGUUUUCAUGUGCUGCAAAGCUCCACCAAAAAUGCAAAUGAAGUCAAGAAAGAGUUGUUUGUUGAGCUCCUUUUCAGCUUUCCAGGCUUUGGAGACACUGAUGCAGCUAAGCCCCGGGGCUUAGUGCGGUUUAAAACAAGCACUUAAACAUGCAGCACCUUGAAAAGCCGACCAUGCAAGUAUGGUUUUUUUUUUCUUAAGAUAUCCCGAUUCACCAACUAACGUCAACACUCUGGAUCAACGUAAAAUUUCGAAUAAGAUCAGAAAACACGGGGAAGACGAGCGCUUCAGUGCUGUGUGAGUAGGCCGUGGUCUGAACUACAGAAACACUCAGUAAAAAAAAAACUUUUUAAUAGCUACAAUGAAAAAAAAAUUAAAAACAGAAAAAGUUUUCAGUUCCACUUCGUACGUCUGUUCACUGUGUUGCUGCCUGUCUUGGCGUGAAACCUUGUGCAAAAGUUUUAGUUUUUUUUUAACACUGUGAGACCUUUCGGGUCAAAACAGAGUUAAAAAAAAAACAAAAAACAAAAAAAGAUUAACUGCAAUUCAAAAAUAAAAAAUAAAUAUAUUUACUAGGAGAGGGAGACCACGUUCAGAUUAUUAAAACGAACAACGACUGUAUCUGUAAAUCAUCAUUUACAAUUGUAUUAUUGUUUUUUAAUAUUACUAAAUUCAUACAAAUUAAUCAUUAGUUUCUGCAUUUCCAUUUUUUUAAACAAAUAGAGGUGACAUUACGAGUGAAUUUGAUUGAAACUCAAAUGUCGAUUAUAAUAAUAUUCAUGUUAGAAUUAUCCUUAAAAAAGGGGGCUUAGAGUUGCUGGGGUUUAUCAAAUAAAAUCAUAAAUAAACCAAUGAGUAAAAAACAGCCUAAGCAGACCAUAAUAAUCGGUGGGAGACUUCAUUCAUUCGUCACGAGCUUUGGAAAAGCGUGAAACCCCUGCAGCUGUGAACUUCUGGCACCGCACAGACGGACAGAGUCGUGAUUGGACGAUUGCCCCGCCAAUCACACAUUUUUUUAUUUGACAUCAUCGGCCAGGGCCACGCCCACUUGUGCAGAGCCGCGCAGAUAUAGAAGUAUAGUCCUCAACUUAGACACUUAGACUGAAGGUCGCUGUUUUGUCCAUCAGAGGGAGUCAAGCUUCUUAAAUGCGUCGUUUUCCGCGCGCAGCCCCACAACACAUCCACACAGCGCGGUGGCCGGAGCGGGUGGGGGGAAACUAUUACUCUCCAACGAAUAUUUUCUCCCGCAGUGGCUGUAGAAACUCAUAUCUGUGGUCGAAUAGUCGUUCCGUCAGACACUUGAUCGAACCCUACAGCGUUUCUAGCCACACGUUCACCGUCAGCUCUUCUCAGCAGCAGCAGCAGAGGAACAAGAAGGUUCAUGAACACCAGGAAGUUUUGCCCAGCUCUGGAUUAACCAACAGGCGAUCGUAUAUUUUUAUUUUUUCCCUUUUUAAACCCUUCUUUGUUUGAAACGAGGGAGACGUUAUUUUUCUUCAGCGACAAUGUUAUGGAAAUUAGCUGACAACGUGAAAUAUGAGGAUGACUGUGAGGAAAGGCACGAUGGCAACAGCAAUGGGAAUCCCAGGCUGCCUCACCUGCCAGCGGUCAGUCAGCACCUCUACAGUCCGUCUCCGGCGCUCUCACACUCGGCCACCUCGGACUUCCAGCCCCCGUACUUCCCGCCUCCAUACCAGCCCAUCACCUACUCGCAGUCCGGCGACCCCUACGCACACCUCGGCGACCCCUUCAACAUCAACUCCAUCAACCAGUCUCAGUCGUUGAACCAGCAGCAGUCGUCGUGGCCGGGCCGGCAGGGUCAGGAGGCCCUGGGCUCACACGCCAGGGCUGGACUGGCAGGUCAGAUCCUGGGCCUGGAGGGAGGCUCGUCCGGGCUGAGGAGGGAAGGGUUCCGCCGGCCGGAGCUGCUGCCCACGCACCCCCACAGCCUGGACUCGUCCGUGAUCGGUGACAACAUGGGCAUGCACGACAUGGGCCACGAACUGGACGACGUUCAGCAUGUUGAUGACCACAGUAUUAUUAUGGCCGACCAGACAGUCAUUAAAAAAGGUCCCGUCACCCUACCCAAAGGCAACUCACUGGGUCUGCCCUUCCAAAAAGAGUCCCUGCUGGGCAUGGUGUCGAACCCCACCGAGGUCUUCUGCUCCGUACCGGGCCGACUGUCCCUGCUGAGCUCCACGUCCAAGUACAAGGUCACAGUGGCCGAGGUCCAGAGACGUCUGUCACCCCCGGAGUGUCUCAACGCGUCUCUGCUGGGAGGAGUUUUACGGAGAGCUAAGUCAAAAAAUGGAGGACGCUCCCUGAGAGAGAAGUUGGACAAAAUUGGGCUCAACCUGCCUGCAGGAAGGAGGAAGGCAGCCAAUGUCACUCUACUUACCUCACUGGUAGAAGGUGAAGCCGUUCACUUAGCCAGAGACUUUGGUUACGUGUGUGAGACAGAGUUUCCCGCGAAGGCAGUUGCCGAAUACCUUGGCAGGCCGCACGUAGAACGCAACGAGGUCAAUUCUCGCAAGAAUAUGCUUCUCGCUGCCAAGCAAAUCUGCAAGGAGUUCACCGACCUACUGACUCAGGAUCGCUCACCUCUAGGAAACUCACGGCCGGCGCCUAUUUUGGAGCCUGGGAUCCAAGGCUGCCUGACCCACUUCAGCCUUAUCACUCACGGGUUUGGAUCGCCGGCCAUCUGUGCAGCCAUGACCUCUCUGCAGAACUACCUGAACGAGGCUCUCAAACAAGUGGACAAGAUGUAUCUUAGCUCCGGGGGGGACACCCAGGGGUCUUCAGAGAGCGGAAGCAAAUCGACCGACAAAAUGGACAAGCACAGGAAAUGAACGCUCAGAGGAUAAUCUCUACGAACUGGAGAACCCACCUCCCCUGAUCCCUUAAUCAGGCUGUCCUGUCUGCUCUAUUUGGACGAUUUUUUUACAUCAACAUUUAGUAUUGUCAUUUCUGAGAGCUGACUUAGUGUGUGACGGUUUAUGCAUGUACUGUUUGACCCUGACGUUCAUUUUGUAUUAUAUUUUCUAGAAGUUAAGGAUUUGUAAAAAAACAAAACAAAACAAAACAAACAAACAAAUAAAAAAAAAAAACGUGUCCCAGCUGGAUGCAGACCAGAUCGUCGGACACCUACGGUAGAAUUUCCAUGGACCGACCCUGAUGGAAGCGCCGCACGUGAAGUCGUAGUACAGGACACGCAAAAAAAGGAACCACUAUGCAGUUCUAAACAGUUGCCAAUGUGCCAGUGACACGACCAUGGGACCUGCGUUCUGUUGACAAAAAGAGGAAAAGAACAAAGUGCUUACUGUUCUUUUUUUCCCUCCCUGGAGGACAUCAUUUCAAGAUGAGUCGCUGUGGCUGUGAAUUCCUUUCAGCUUCCCCCCUUCUGCUCCGUCUGGAGGCAAAUCCACUGAUUUCCUGUGUUUUAAAUGGACUCACAGAGGACAUUUUUUAUAUGAGAAAAAGAAAGAAAGAAAGAGAGAGAGAGAGAAAGAAAGAGAGAGAAUAUUCACUUAAUUUUCCUUCCUUUUUUUGUGUUUUUUGUUUGUACGACCACAUCAAAAUGGCUCCAGUGUUAUUGUGCUUUGUUCAAGAGAGAUAAUUCAAAUCUUAUGUAAGCCUGAAUAAGAAAAGACCAGUUUUGGGUUUUUAGGCCUGUGUUUGGUCAAACCAGUGUCUUCAAAGUCUUUGUAAAAGAAGCCUCUCCAGUGUUCAUGUGGACUUCAGACAGAGCAGUGCUUCCACAGUCACUGCUCUCUUUUUAAGCCUAAAGUCAGAACAUGCCUUUUUGGUAUCUGUUUGUUUUUUUUUCCCUUUCCAUCUUUUUUUUAUUUAAACGUCCACAUCAAUCCACCAGCCACAUCAGUCCUGCCAGAGAGAAGGUGUGUUGUUUGAAUGUGUGUAAAUGUAAAUAUUUCUUCCUCUAAAAAAUGAACUAGACAUUAAAAUCCAUACUUAAUAAUUUAUCCAGCGUCUUGUCCUGCAUGUAAAUAAUGUUUGUUUUUUUUUAAAUAAAUUUCUUGUAAAUUAAUUGGCUUUGUAAAUGAUGGUCUCGUUUUUUGUUUUUUGUUUUGUAAAUAGGCAGGAAAUUCCUUCCAACAAAUUAAGCUACAUUUUUUAGAGUUUUUCAGAAAAUACAAAAAAAAAAACUAGCUCAUACAAUCACACUCUCGCAUGUCUAUUAAAAAGAAAGAACUUUUGUCUGGGAGUAUUUCACAGAUUGCGCUUCAGUCAUGAGUUGGAAAAAUCUUCUAUUAAUAAACGGCAAAAAAAAAAAAAAAACC